AGAAUUAACAUCUGUACAAUUUGAAAAAGUUUCUGAUGAGACACUUACUUCUUUAACUGAAUAUUUUGAUGAAUUAGUAGAGCAAGCAAUACAUUUAUCAGAUGCAGAUGUAUCAUAUGGAGUAUGUUUUACAAAUGAAAUAUAUAUUAAACUUAUAACGAUGGUGUUUUAACUGUUAAAUUUGGUGAUUCUUAUGGUACAUAUGUUAUAAAUCGUCAAAGUCCAAAUAGACAAAUUUGGUUAUCAUCCCCAAAAUCUGGUCCAAAACGAUAUGAUUUUAUAGAUGGUAAAUGGAUUUACAAAUAUGAUGGAAAAUCAUUACAUGAACUACUCGAUGACGAAAUACCAGCAAUUAUAGGAGAUCAAACAAAUUUUAAUAAAUGUUCCUUUAGUGGGAAAUAAAAAGAAAUUAUAGUGAAGUGUCUUUAAUUAUAUAUUAAUUAUUCAAAUUGUAAAAUAACUAAAUUUAAAAAAAAAUUGAAAAUUUUUAAAUUUAUGUAUAUAAAUAAUAAUAGAUAAAAUAUUGUAAUAUAUUUAUAAUAUUAUUUGAAUCAACAAAGAGAGAAUAACAAAAAUGGAAAUUAUGGAAGAUGGUAAUUUAGUAGAUCGUGUUAGAAUUUUAUUACAACGAGACAUGCAAUAUUAUCAGGAAAUGCAAACCGUGUUGAAAGAACCACUUUGUUCGCGUAUAAGUGGUGGAAAACUUGAUUUCCCAAGGCAUGCUUCAUUCGCUGCUGUUAAAAUUGUUAUGUGGUGGGAAGCAGAUUUUCAAGCUGCAUUUAAACGUCAUUCCGGUUUGACAAAUUUAAUGGAAAAUGAGAUUUCUGCAAUUGUAGAAAGUGAAGAGAAAGUUAUUAAAAAAAUUCAACCUUCCGAAUUUGUAUUACUUGUUGUCGAUACUGCCGAUAAAUUAUUAGAACAUUUACAUUUACUUAUUCAAGAAUCAUUAGAUCAUGCAGAUUUGACAGUAUUAACAGCUACUUUGGGAGCAGCUGCAUUGAUACGAAAUUCUUUAUGGUGUUAUAAUCAACAGGCUAAAAAUUUAAUUUCCUUACAGUCAAGCGAGAAAUUAAAUACAUCGUAUAAGUCUUAUCAUGAAAUGACUGAAGCUGUGGCAGAACGAUUAUUGGAUUUGCAUUGUCGUUUAAUUUCAUUAUAUAUACUUAAUGAAGCCGAUUCUCUUAGUUGGCAUGAUGCUAAAUCAUUUUUUGAACGAGAACGUUGUUCUUUUGUAAUUCAAAUGUGGUGGCUAUAUAUGAAUGGUAAUUAUAAUUUUAUUCCAUUAUAAAGUGUAUAAUUUAUUAUGCAUUAUAAAAUUAAAAAGUAUAUAUUAAUAAUAUAUAAUAUCAUAUAUGGUCGACCAAGUUUGGCACGAGCUGAACAAUUUUGGACAGAUGCUUUUAACGUCCUUUGCUGUACCGGAUAUCUUGCUUUAGCUGUCUGUGUAAAUGCCAAUGAAAUGAUCGGUAUGAAAUUAAAUAAAUUGCCUACUGCUAUUAGGGAUAUACAUACAAAAUGUAAUGAGUUAUUGAUUUGCUUAUUAUUAAGAGGUACACCUCUUCAAGAAUUAUAUCAGGUAUUUCGUGUUGGGUUUGAAAAUUUAACGAUUCUACAAACGCGUCGUGAACCUGCUCCCUGGUUAUUAAUAUGCGCGCCAAAUUUAUUAGGUUCUAUCGAUUCUGAUGUAUACAUUUCAAAUUUAUGUUCGAAUCGACUUGUGAUUUUAGAAUUAAAUAUUCUUAGACAUCAACCUCAGCCGAAUUGGCCUCAAUUAAUGAAGAUAAUUUUUAUGAACAAUUGUGCAGUAGCCAAAAUAUUAUUAAACACUCUUAUUUAUAAAUGUGGUAAUUUUACAUGUGAAAACGAAUUUGAAAAUUUCAAGAAAUUGAAAUUCGAUAAAGAGAAUUGCGGUGGUUUUUUAUGUAGUGGUGCAAUGUGCAAUCCAUCGAUGAAAAUAACAUCAGCAUUGAGUCUUUAUAGUUUAAUGUACAUUUUAACAUAUACAGCACAAGAUCCUGGUUAUGUUAUUAUACCAGCUUUAAAACAAAAUUCUGAGUGGUCUAAUUAUCUUGAUCGACAACAGGUUUGGAACCAAUCAAGACCUCCUUGGUUAAAUGCAAUUUUAAAUCCAUUAAAAGAUAUGAUGCAACCAAUUAUUGAAAUACUUUUAAAAGCUGUAAAAACAGGAGCUAGUAUGUAUCAAGCAAUGUCACUAGUAAUUGGCUGUUUCACUGAGUUAUAUGUAACGUUACCACUUGCAAUUUUGAAAACUGUACUCGCGUUAAAUGAUAAUAUUCCUGCUCAUUGUCAUCCAAUUGGUGGAAAUGUUCUUCUUCAUGUUUUGUGUGCAUCUCUUUAUACCGCUCUUAUUGAAUUCUCAAAAAAUUGUGAAGUAAAAAUAGAAGAUAAUUCAACAUCUAAAGACUGUGAAUUAAAUAUUUUUAAUCCUAAUGAUAUAUCAGCAACUGUGACUACUUUAGCUGAAGCUAUUUGUAGUAUAGAUGAAGAUAACAAGCAUACUGCACAAAUUGACGAUUUCUUUCAACUUGUAAAAAAAAAUGUGCAAACAUUGAAUACAAAUUCGUGUAUUGAUGAAACAAAUAUGUCUUCUAUUAUUGAAAUAUAUACCGAUGAAUUAUUGUUUACCAGUUCGGGACGUCAAGCUUUGAAGGUGGUUCAUGAAUUUUUAAUUCAUGCUUCGGAUUUAAUAUUGAAUAAUUUAAGGCAAAAUAAUGUCGACAGACUUAAGGACGAUAUACCUGAAAUUACACCUCUUUUUAAACCAUUAACUCAUAUAAUGUUCCAUAUUGAAGAUACUGCAUUUGAUCAAUUUCUAAUCCAAUACGAAAAAACGAAUUGGCGAAAAAUUUUAACAAUGCCACUUUCUAUAACUGUGGAGCAUGCACGAAGUCAAAUAUUAUCACGACCAGAAUUUAAAAAUAUUGGUGAAUUAACUAAUGAAAAUAGGGAAGCAGUGUAUUUACUUAAGAAACUUUGUUCUUCUACAAAGACAGCACACUUUAAAUAAUACUUUUAAAUUAUAAAAAAAUUAACAGAAAAUAAAUUAAUUCCAAAAUUAA